AUUCCAAUCCUUUUUGGUGCAAUGGCCAAUAUCUCUCUCUACAGUUCCACAAAAACUCUACCCUCCAUCUCCUUCUCCGGUAAACCUUUAUAAAAAAAAAUUGAAAAAAACAAAAACCAACUCUUCUAAGCCUUUCCUCGAACAGUUCGUCUACAAGAAGAACUUCACCGGCGAUUAUCAUCGUCACGGAACCGCCGGUUGGAACCUGAAAUACCUUCAAAUCAAUAGCCAAACAGAAAACGACUUGUUCUUCUUUUCUGUUUCAUACUAUAGGUCAUUUCCAGAGCAUAACAACCAGCUUUCGUGAUGAAGCGGCGGCGUUUUGGUGAUAAAGCUUAUAUGUAAGUGUCGAUUGGUGCAUUUUUAUACCUACGCAAAGGGGGUAGUGCUGAUGGGAAGGGUGACGGUGGCGGUGGCGAUGAGUGUCGCGGUGGUCGCAUGUGCGGUGGCGGGAGUGGUGGUUGGCCGGAGGGUAAGAAGUAGGAGGAAGUGGAGCAGAGUGGUGGGAUUAUUGAGGGAGUUGGAGGAGUCAUGUGAGACCCCUGUAGGGAGGUUGAGGCAGGUGGUAGAUGCUAUGGCCGUGGAGAUGCAUGCUGGUUUGGCUUCUGAAGGAGGCUCUAAGCUCAAAAUGUUGCUCACUUUUGUUGACCAUUUACCUACUGGGAGCGAGGUCGGAACUUAUUACGCCCUAGAUCUUGGUGGUACUAAUUUUAGGGUCAUAAGAGUUCAACUAGGAGGUAGAAGGUCCUCAAUCUUGUCAAAAGAUGUGGAACUGCAACCUAUUCCUCAGCACUUGAUGACAAGCACUAGUGAGGACCUUUUUGACUUUAUUGCUUCGACAUUAAAGCAGUUCAUUGAAAAGGAAGAAAAUGUUUCUGAGUUUUCUUCUCUUAGAAAAAGAGAACUUGGAUUUACAUUUUCUUUUCCCGUGAAACAAAUGUCUAUUCAUUCAGGCAUCCUUAUCAAAUGGACAAAAGGAUUUGCUAUUGAUGGCAUGGUUGGAAGAGAGGUUGUUGAACAUUUACAAGCAGCACUGUCCAGGAAUGGUUUAGAUGUGCAGGUUGCAGUAUUGGUAAAUGAUACUGUGGGAACACUUGCUCUCGGACAUUAUCAUGAUGCUGACACUGUUGCUGCAGUGAUAAUUGGAACGGGUACUAAUGCUUCCUAUCUUGAGCGGGCAGAUGCUAUUAUAAAGUGUCAAGGCCUUCUUACAACUUCUGGAGGCAUGGUUGUGAACAUGGAAUGGGGAAAUUUCUGGUCAUCUCAUUUGCCAAGAACUACUUAUGAUAUUAACUUGGAUGCUGAAAGCCCUAAUCCAAACGAUCAGGGUUUUGAGAAAAUGAUUUCAGGACUAUAUCUAGGUGAAAUAGUUAGGAGAGUGAUUCUCAGAAUGUCACAGGAGUCCGAUAUCUUUGGGCCUAUCUCUCCGAGCUUGUUAGUGCCAUUUAUUUUGCAUACACCCUUUGUGUCUAAAAUGCACGAGGAUGACUCUCCCAAUUUGCAGGAAGUGGCUAGGAUCUUGAAAUUAAAACUGGAGAUUCCAGAAGGCCCUUUGAAGGUUAGAAAGCUUGUUGUAAGAAUAUGUGAUGUGGUGACCCGCAGGGCUGCUCGAUUGGCAGCUGCUGGCAUUGUGGGAAUCUUGAAGAAGAUUGGCCGGGAUGGGACAGGGGGCAUUACCAGUUUAAGAGGUAGAAGUGACAUGAAGAUGAGAAGAACGGUUGUUGCAAUUGAAGGGGGUUUAUAUACAAGCUACGCAAUGUUCAGGGAGUACUUGCACGAAGCUUUGAAUGAAAUAUUGGGGGAAGACAUCGCCCAACAUGUCAUUCUUAAGGCCACAGAAGAUGGAUCAGGCCUCGGAGCAGCUAUCCUUGCUGCCUCACAAUCGUCCUACACUGUGGAUAGCGUACAGUAGCUAUAAAUAUAUAUUAUUUAUAUAUACAUAUAGCCCCUGUAAAUGUAGAAUUCAUUUCAAUAUAUUAAAAGGGUCGUCUCUAAAUUUCAUCUUUCCAAAUGGGUUCUCACUGUAUCUUUAUGUUCUUUAAUUUUUUGUUUUCCCUUGCACAUUUUUGGUUUACUUUUCUUUCUUUAUAGCCUGUUGUAUAUUGAUGAUGUCAAAUGUGAAUGAUGUUCUUUAUUUAUCUAGAAAUGAAGAAGUGAUGUCUUUUACAUUC